AUGACGCCACCAGGAGAUACCGAACUGGAGCGGCCAGUUCCUGGCCCUGCAGACCUAGCCGUAUACAAGGUAAGCACGCUGAACCCUGAGAUGUAUGUUAUAACAAGAGCUUACAGCAAAGCCGAGGAUCUGCUACGUGAUCUUGGUGUUGUGGUCUUAGUCGGGAACCCAGGAUCAGGAAAGACAACUCUUGGAGAGUUUCUUAAACAAAGCAUUAAUAUAUGUCCUGUAUCUAUGCUGAUUGAGUAUGUUGUGACACCACGUGUUACAGCUAGAGGUGCUGUUAACAUUGUGGUAGAAAGCAAACACUACAGAUUUCUUGCUCAGAGGUUCACAGAUGAAUUGAAAUGGUCGGAACCACUUGUUAAAAAAUACUCAAGCAUGAGAACCAUUCUUAAACAUCCAUCAUUCAAAGACAAUGACUUUGUGAAAUUUCUUACUGAGGAAUUCUGGAACAAUGAAGUUCCCAGUGAAAUACUAUAUCGAAAACUUGAUGCUUUUGAGAUUCAGACUGAUUUUGCGUUUGCCAAGGAAACUGUAGACAAUACCUGGGAAUAUUUUCAGAAUGGAGACAUUGGUGACACAGACCGUUUUGUUGACUUUAGAAUAUCAACAGCGACAAUUAACACUGUAGCCACCGUGACAUCACCAGUAAGCCUAGCAAUCUUCAUGAAGCUGAACUCGUUAUCCAGUCAUUUUGUAUCCAGUCUUUGUAAAGCAGACUCCAGUGAGAUUGAACUGCAGGGAAAAGAGAUUUUGGAUGUUGCAUGUUUUGUGGGAAAUACAGCAAUAGUUGAUAUCUUACUAGAAUCAGGGAUUGCUCCAACAAUGAGUUCAUUCACAGCAUUAGCAGCAUCACAAAUAGAUGAAUUGGACAUAUUUGUAAACUUAUUAAAACACAAGAAGGAUUUGGAACUGAGUUUGCGUGACUUAGGGUCAAUGUUAUUUCUAGCUCUUGAGAAGAACAAUGGAAACAUAUCCAGCAUGUUAAUAGAUGAAAUCACUAAGAUGGAUAACUGUCGGAUCAUCCUUGAAAGGGCUAUCAAGCAACUGUUACUUCAGUCCUGUAGGGGAGUUAAGACUUGUUAUUAUAAGCCUAAAAUUAGUUCAGCGUGUGGAGCACGAAAUCUAUUUAAAACGUUAUUCAGGUACACCGCAUCGUUAAAACCUGAAGUUGUAGUUUCUUUAACCGCUGGCUUAAACGAUGCUGUUGUUCUGAAAGACAUUCUUCAUAUGAAUGCACCCUGGUGGCACACCAUAAAGGGAAAUGAAACUCUGCUACAUAUGGCAUCAUGCUAUGUAUGUGUGGAAUCGGUGACUUUUCUAAUAGGAGAGGGAUGCAGGAUUUGUUCAGUGGAUGCAAAGCACCAGACAGCACUGCAUCUAGCAGCAAUGUGUGGCAAACAUCACGUGGUCCUAUGUUUACUGUCUAAAGGAGCCGACCCUAAUGCUCAGAAUAUAUAUGGGGACUCACCUCUUCACUUAGCAGCCUAUAAAGGUUCUUUGGAUAUAGUGAAAGUAUUAACUGAAAGGGGGGCCAGGCUGAAUGCACACAAUGCAGAUGGAAAGACACCACUUCACAUCGCCUCGCAGAACAAAGCAAUAAUAAUGUAUUUGCAACCAAAAGGAGCUGAAAUUAACAAACACGAUAUCAAUGGUAGAAUACCUUUUCAUGAAGCAGCAAAAGGAGCUGAUCCAAAUGUGAAAAAUGGAGAAAACGUGUAUCCUUUGCAUAUAGCAGCCAAGAAAUGUGAACUGAUUCUGCUGAAAGCACUGGUGGAAAAGGGAGCCAAUCUGAAUGUAACAGAUUCAGAUGGGAACACCCCACUCUACUUAACUGUGGAUGGAAAUUCAAUGGAAUGUGUCAGUAAAAAUGCCUCCACGACAAUACCUGACAGGAACAAAAAUGGCAAGCAAUUGGGAUGGUGCAGGCGGGACAGUCCCAGAAUCAGGUGGCUCGAUUCUUUCGAAAAUCAAAAAGCGUGA